AUGCUAAACGCAUCCAACGACACCAACCUCACCGAUCUGGCGUCCAGCUCCGACCUCCCUACAAGCCCCUUCAGCGUCGUACAGAAGGUCGUCAUCGUCAUCAUCGCCGUCGUUCUAUCACUUUCUACAGUCGUCGGCAACUCCAUGGUCAUGAUAAGCUUCAAGAUUGACAAGCAAUUGCAGACAAUCAGCAACUAUUUCCUUUUCUCCCUGGCGGUUGCGGAUUUCGCCGUAGGACUGAUAUCGAUGCCCUUGUACACAAUGUUCACUGUUUACGGCUAUUGGCCACUGGGGCCGUACAUCUGCGAUACUUGGCUGGCGCUCGACUACCUCGCGUCGAACGCAUCGGUAUUGAAUCUGCUCAUCAUAAGUUUUGAUAGGUACUUCAGUGUGACGCGCCCAUUGACUUAUCGUGCUAAAAGGACUACACGUCGCGCAACCUUUAUGAUAGGGGCUGCGUGGGGAUUCAGUCUGUUGCUGUGGCCGCCGUGGAUUUAUGCAUGGCCGUACAUUGACGGAGAACGAAAAGUGAGACCAUACGAGUGUUAUAUUCAGUUCAUAGAGACCAAUCAGUUUAUUACGUUCGGGACAGCGAUAGCAGCGUUUUAUGUGCCAGUGACUGUUAUGUGUAUACUGUACUAUAGGAUAUGGAGAGAGACUAAAAAAAGGCAAAAAGAUUUGCCUAACUUACAAGGUGGGAAGAAACACGACUCGUCCAAGAGAUCGAACUCUAGGUAA